AUGGCUGAGUGGAAUGAAGACACUGAUUCUGAUAUUGAAGAUUUAGAAAUUCUCAAUGACUUCAAUUCGUAUUUUAACAGACCUUAUCUAGUCAGACCAAGAGAAAACAAUUUCGUUAAGUGGGACGAUACGGAGUUUAUACGUCGUUUUCGUGUAUCUAAGAAUACAGCUUUUACGAUUUUAGAAGAAAUUGCUAAUGACAUAUCACACCCCACAAAUCGGAAUCAUGCAUUGUCAGCGUGUAACCAGUUAUUAUUAACCUUGCGUUAUUAUGCUACUGGAUGCAUGCAAAUUACUGUUGGCGAUUUCAGUGGUGUUCACCAAACGACAGCAGGAAAAGCUAUUAAAAAAGUUACCGAAGCGAUUGCAUCAAGACGAUGCCGAUAUAUAAUGCUGCAAGAUUCUGAAGAAGACAAAAGGAAACAUCAGAAUGGAUUCUACAAUAUGGCUAGGUUUCCUCUAGUGUAUGGAGCCCUUGAUUGUACUCAUAUACGGAUUCAAUCACCAGGUGGACAAAAUGCAGAGUGUUUUAGGAAUAGGAAAGGCUAUUUUUCCUUAAAUACUCAGGCAGUUUGCAAUUCAGACUUGAAAUUUUCGAAUAUUGUGGCUAGAUGGCCGGGGGCAAGCCAUGGCAGUACCAUUUUUCAAAAUAGCAGACUCUGUGCUAUUUUUGAAUCAGGUCAGAUGGGCCAACUAGUUCUUCUCGGUGAUGCUGGAUAUCCGAACAAAAAAUAUCUAUUGACACCUCUACAAAAUCCUGUCACAGAAGCUGAGAAACUAUACAAUGAGUCUCAUAUACGAACUCGGAAUUGUAUAGAGAGGGCAUUUGGCAUAUGGAAGAGACGGUUUCCAGUUUUGUCAUUGGGAAUUAAGACCAAAGUUGAACUGGUACAAGAUAUCAUUGUUGCAACAGCCAUUUUACACAACUUGUGUAUCAAGCAUAAUGAUGUCAUGCCUAACUUAGAUGUUAACUUAGAAAAUAUCAUUGAUGUAACUGGCAGUGAUAACAACCAAGAUACCACCCUCAGCAGCAAUUACAGCAACAAUAGUUAUAGAAGGCAAAUGUUAAUUGACAAUUACUUUAGCAGUUUACAAUAGCUGAAUUCCUUUUAAAAAAAGGAAAAUCAAAAUAUAAAGUAAAUUUACUACUAUAUUUGAACUAUUGUCCUUUAUAUGUUUAAUAAAACCAAUUUUUAAUAUGAAAUGAAAACAACCUCAUCUUUUUUUAUUACAUUUAAUUACACAGUUACAACAAUUUACAAUUACAUAUAUAUUUAAUUACAACGCAUUUUAUCAAUUAAUUAAAACUAUCGAGUACUUUUUUUUUAAUGUCAAUUUCUAAUUGUAGAAGUGUACAUCUCAGUUCAUGCUCCUUUACUUCUUGUUCUUGUUUUUUAUUUAAAUUGUCAAUUUGUGCGUCCAGUAAUUUAAUUUUUUUAUUGGCCAAGGCACUAUAAUUGUUCAUUGUUUUAUUGAACACUUCUGGAUUCUUUUUGGUGAGGGGUGUAGAUAUUUUUCUCUUUAAUAGAAAAUUACUGCUCUUUGGGGUUUCUGAUUCAAUAAUUUUUUCAUCAAUCUAAGGCAAAGAAAAUACAAAUCAGUUUAAUAAAAACAAAUUUUAAAGUCCUCCCAGCUUCAGGCUUUCAGAUUAAGAAAAUGAAACACUUGUAUGGUUUGUGGUAGUAACAGGCAGGACAGUGGACCUCGUUCUGGCACACAUUAUGUCUUAACACUUUCUCACUAGCCUAUAGACACAGGCCUACUGUGGUAUAUUCUGCAAAGCACUGUUCUUGUUAGGAUUGGGAAUAGGCAGAUUUUUUUUUAUAUAAAAUUAAUACACACCAGUAUAUUUUGAUUAUUUUUUGCCGGAAGUGCUGUGUCUUGGCUGGUCUCGGCAUAUUUUUCCUUUGUUUCCUUUGUUAUUACUAUCUGUAAAAAGACAAAAUUGCACCAAUUUACCAUUUUUGUAAAAUUCACAUCAUAUUUUUGCUUAGAAUAGAAAACAGUUCUGAAGUUCUGCUGUUCUUUCAUUAUUGGUGACUUUUGGUAAAGUAUAGGUUUAAUCAGUGGUCAUUUGAUUAUAAGACAAAUAGAGAUAGAUAUAAUUAGAAGCUACUCAUACAUACCUCAUCACAGUCAUUGCGAGAUGGUAAUCCCAUCACACUAGUCCCAGAUAACUCCAUUACCACUUCCUCUUCUUGACUGAAAUUAAUUUCAGCGGAUGGUCCACCCCCUGUUCCAUACAAACUUCUCCGAAACGUACUAUAUUUGGUCUUGGCCCUCUUUUUUAUAUUGUCAUACUUUGCGCGAAGAGUCUUGUCACUUCUGAACACAAAUGACGACAAACUGUUGAAUUCUUUGGCCAGCUUUGACCAAGUUUGCUCCUUCAGCUGAUUAUUUGUCAUAUCACUUUUUUUAUUUUCCAAUAUAUGGCUAUAUUGUCUCACCAAGCUUGUGAGCAAUUCUGUUUCCGAUUUUGAAAAAUUGGGAACGCGUGUUUUAUUUUCGACGGACAUAACGAAUCAUUGAAUUUUAUUUGGAAAAACGAUGCAACUGUCAAAUACAGAUGUGUAAUUUUAGCUUGGGAUUGUUAAAAGAUUGAAAAGAAUGAACGGAUCACAAAAUGUUGCCACACGUCAUAACAUUGUCACAGUUCAGCUGAUCUCUGUUUGUUUUUGUAUUGAUAUUACGAAAGUAGUUUAAUCUAUGGAUCAAAUUUGAACGAAGUUUUGUUGAUCCUUAGUUUAAACCCUGAAUGAUAUUAUGGGCCUUAGAUGAUUUUUGAAAGUUUUGACGAGAACGACUCAAUGUGGGAAAUAAAAAUUGAAAAAUA